CAUUGAUUUCAAGGUGGUUUAAGCCCAGCGGGGCUUAAAAUAUCUUUCUUAUAUAUUUUUUUUAACUGUGUUCUGUUUUCCCCCUUCUGUCUCCUUUGGAGGGCUGUUUCUCUUUGUUUCCGUGUGCGUCUUUCCAUUUCCCCGUGCAAAGCCCUCGCUUUCUGAAGCCGUCUUCAGUCUCUCACUGUCUGCCCUCCUCCCCCACGUCUCUCCCCACCCCUCUCCCUCACUAGCUCACUGGGCACCAGCCGAGCCCCAGCCCUUUCCCAAACCUGCUCUGCGUGUGAGGGGCCCUUUCUUCCUGUACCUGAGCCCAUGUCCUGGGGGCCUCCUGGAAGUCAGGACUAGCCUCUUGGGGCAGCAGCUGGUGCCCGGCAGCACCUCUGAGGGUGAGCCCGGCCAGCUGCAUCCCUAGGGCUCUGCAGGAUGGCGUAGAGGACGCGUGUUAAGCAGGAGAGCUGGGCUGGCGGCAGGACCCUGGCUACAGGGAGGCAGUGACUGAGGGGGUCCCUGUUCCUGACGGAGGGGUCAUGGCCUUCAUGUUGCUGCCCCGGCGGCUGGCUUGCGGCUCCCCGCACAGCCCCCUGCUUGUGUCUGGAUCCAGAUACAUCAGUCAAGCUGCAGCCAAAGUUGAUGUUGAGUUUGACUAUGACGGGCCUCUGAUGAAGACAGAAGUCCCAGGUCCUAGGUCUCGGGAAUUAAUGAAACAGCUGAAUAUGAUUCAGAAUGCAGAGGCUGUACAUUUUUUCUGCAACUACGAAGAGAGCCGAGGCAACUACCUGGUCGAUGUGGAUGGUAACCGCAUGCUGGAUCUCUACUCCCAGAUCUCCUCUGUCCCCAUAGGUUACAGCCAUCCUGCCCUGGCAAAACUGGUCCAACAGCCUCAGAAUGUGAGCACCUUCAUCAACAGGCCUGCCCUGGGCAUCCUGCCUCCCGAGAACUUCGUGGACAAGCUGAGGGAGUCCUUGCUGUCGGUGGCUCCCAAAGGGAUGUCCCAGCUUGUCACCAUGGCCUGCGGCUCCUGCUCCAACGAAAACGCCUUCAAGACCAUCUUCAUGUGGUACCGGAGCAAGGAAAGAGGGCAAAGAGGGUUCUCGAAAGAAGAGCUGGAGACCUGCAUGAUUAACCAGGCCCCCGGAUGCCCUGACUACAGCAUCCUCUCCUUUAUGGGCGCUUUCCACGGAAGGACCAUGGGUUGCUUAGCGACCACGCACUCCAAAGCAAUUCACAAGAUUGACAUCCCUUCCUUCGACUGGCCCAUCGCACCAUUCCCGCGGCUGAAGUACCCUCUGGAGGAGUUUGAGAAGGACAACCAGCAGGAGGAGGCCCGCUGCCUGGAGGAGGUGGAGGAUCUGAUUGUAAAAUACCGGAAGAAGAAGAAGACUGUGGCUGGGAUCAUCGUGGAGCCCAUCCAGUCUGAGGGCGGAGACAACCAUGCAUCAGAUGACUUCUUCCGGAAGCUGAGAGACAUUGCCAGGAAGCACGGCUGCGCCUUCCUGGUGGAUGAGGUGCAGACAGGUGGGGGUUGCACGGGCAAGUUCUGGGCCCACGAGCACUGGGGCUUGGACGACCCAGCUGAUGUGAUGACCUUCAGCAAGAAGAUGAUGACUGGAGGCUUCUUCCACAAGGAGGAGUUCCGGCCCAACACUCCUUACCGGAUCUUCAACACCUGGCUGGGAGACCCGUCCAAGAACCUGCUGCUGGCCGAGGUCAUCAAUAUCAUCAAACGUGAGGACCUGCUAAACAAUGCAGUCCAUGCCGGGAAGGUCCUACUCACAGGAUUGCUGGACCUCCAGGCCCGGUACCCUCAGUUCAUCAGCAGGGUAAGAGGACGAGGCACCUUUUGCUCCUUUGACACUCCAGAUGAUUCUAUACGGAAUAAACUCAUUUUAAUUGCCAGAAACAAAGGUGUGGUGCUGGGAGGCUGUGGAGACAAAUCCAUCCGUUUCCGUCCCACGCUGGUCUUCAGGGAUCACCAUGCUCACCUGUUCCUCAAUAUCUUCAGUGACAUCUUAGCAGACUUCAAGUAAAGAAACCAUUUCCACCGCACUCUGAGAAAGCCCCAGUCUCAACAGUUGUCAAAUUGAUUAGUUUGCCUAAUUCAUGUUUUCACUUAAAAGUAUCAGAAGUGAACGCAUAAACUGGAGAGUUACUUGUGGGAAGGGGAUGCUUUUGGCGGCUGUGGGGGGAGGGCAAGGGAAGGAAGGGCUGCUUUUGAGUGUCCUGCCUAUAGAGCCAAUGGUGCACAUUGGUUGGAGCCCAGAAAUUCUGUCUGAGCCCUGGACUAGUCUUGGGGAGGGCCCUGGGAGUCUUGGACAUAUUUCUGCCCACCCAUGACCAACCCCAACAAUCUCUUUGGAAGCCUGUCAGGGGAGUUACACAUGCUCCCGGGACUGGGGGCCACUACUCUUGGGCUCCAGUUCAUCCCAGGUGCCCUAUUUGGUAAUCAGAGAUGCUGGUGUCCCCUCACCCUACAGAAGCAAUUUCACUCUCACCUUCUCGCUCAGCCCCCAAGCUCCGAGUCCCCCAUUUCGGCUUGAGCGCAUGAUUAAAUGGCUCAUAGGAAGGCAGUGAUGUGGGGACAUGAGGUCAGAGCUUGGGGCAAGGGAGCGGGCAUCUGGCCUCCUGAUCAGGAAGACCACCCCGCAGUCCAAGUGGGGCUUCUCUGAACUGUGAAUUCUGUCCUUGAGGGCCUCUGCCCGUGGAGGAGGCUGGGUGGCACCAGCUAUGGUUCUUCCUCAACAUCCUGCACUCCUCCACCUCGCGUCAGCCUGCAGCAGUGUGGGAGGAACCCGCAGCCUGACGGCACAGGGGACACACCUGAGCCAAAGGGUCAGAAGCACAAGCCUGUCACCCCGGAAGCACAGGCCCAGGGUCAGAGGCAGCAGAGCCACUACACCCUGUCCCCAGAUCCUCUUGGGGUCUGACUUUGGUCCCCACCCUGGGAGGCUCUCUCCAGCUUUUGCCCAUUAUCUUCGCCCUGCUUCUCAGCAGAGCCGUCCCAUCAGAGGGGCCAUCGCUGGACUCAAUUUCCUCACGAGGGAAAUGCCAUGAAUUAAAGGCUCCAGAGCUCCACACACGGAAAGGUAGCCCGUUGGUUUAAGGUGGUUUCCUUGUCUUUGCCCCUGAAAUCUGAGUUUUCUUAAGAUGCCUGAGCCUGGAAGUUAGCGGGCAGACAGUGUGACAGAGGGUCCAGUGUCUCUGCUGCUGGAGGCGAGACAUUCUUGGAGCUGGCCUGACCUCAAAUGCUCCUGCACAGAGCACUUGCUAGUCCCACGGCUGUAAGAUAUUAUUAGUAGGCAGAUGGAGUGAGUGUGGCUUGGUUCUCCGUCCAGAAGGAAGCCAUUUGCCUCCUGGUGCCUUGGCUAUUUGGGAAAAUGGGUAUGUCGGAUUCCUGAUUCAGGGCUUUGCUCUUUUAAUAACUAAUCACUCAAAGAUUUAGCUUCCACUCCUCCUCAGACUCAGCCACUGACCUCUUUUUGUUGAGCAAUGACCUGUGUAGCAGAUGUGGACAGAUCCAUGCACUCUGGUUUGCUUUACAUUCCUGCAAGCAGCAGCUCCUCUGCCACUUUUAAUAAGGAGUUCUACCAUGUCCAAGGUCAUCUGCGCUGCCAACUAUGUGAGGACCCGUGCCUCCCUCCCUCUCUGCAAGGCUUCACUCAUCUCUCCGUUUAUUUAUAUUCCAUCUUCCCUCACGCAUCAAACUUUCAUGAAAUACCUGCCCAAUCAGGAAAUAGGAGGAACUAACGUCCCACUGGGAACAACAGACUCUCAAACCAAUAGUUAAACCAGGGUGCCAAGUACAGUUACGAUAGAGUAGAUAAGUCUGAGAGAAAACUCCAAUCCACCUAAGGGUCACAGGAGCUUUCAAGGAGAAAGUGAUGUUUGAGCAGGGUUUUGCAGAAUGAACAAGAGUUCAUUCUGCAAGGCAAGGAAGAAUACUACAAAAGGGAACCUAAGUUCAUGGUCUCAUACCUUUCACGAGAAUACUACAAAAGGGAACCUAAGUUCAUGGUCUCAUACCUUUCACGAGGGAGCCAGAUUCCACAGGCAAUAUCCCAAGGUUCAAGGCUUCAGUUAACAAACAAGGAAAAUGCAGACCAUCACUCAUUUACUGGCUUAAGUAUGUUGCUUCUGAGAACUUCAGCACUGGGUGCCCAACAUUCAGUGAGGUUCUUGGAAUCCAAAGGGUUUUAUGCCAGGGCACAGCUGGAAACAGUGGAGGGAGUGCUCCAAUAUUUUGUUCUCUCCCCUUGGGCCCAUAACAGAGGACUGAAAUCAUUUUAUCUGGAAAAUCAUUUCUAGAAAUAUUAUUCACUCUUAAAGAAGGGAAGUUGUUUCUUGUUAAAAAAAAAAAAUUUAUUUUUAAGCCAUUUGCCAACAAAUUCUUGUAUACUCAGGGCACAAUGAGUUCCUGAGAUAUCUUCUUGAGAAAGCUGGAGAUUUAGGUAGGAGAAUUUCAAGGUAAGGAUUUUGGCAGAGCUCAAGACUGUAGCAACUUGGAAGAUGAUGGAAGAAACACGGGAAGCCCAGGAGACAGGGAAGAGCCCAAGAGGAACAGCUUCUGUGGCCAACAGCUUUUGUGGGACAUAAACCCAUCAUGCAUUAGUACCAUAGAGUUUAGUAAAUGUCUCUAGCAAGUAUUGUCACUUUUACAGAAAACAAGGUCCAAUACUAGCAGGUCUUAGCACAUCCUCCCUUUUAUUACAAAUGGGUGUUUUUUUAUAAUUUUUACUGACACUCAGUAACCAUGCAAAGUUGUGCACAUUAAUAUGUCUAUAUAUCUAUACCUAUCUAUAUAUCUAUAUAUAUAAGCUCAUGGUAGAAAACCAUAGCUAGGGAGCAUUGCAGACUUAAUGCAUACAAAGUGAUCUUGUUUACAGUAUUCUGUUGACAGUGCCAAUAAAUGAUAAGGAAAUUAACAUGUCACAGUGUACCUGACGACCAUAUGCACAAUUCCAUGAAUUAAAUGUUUCCUGUGUUAAUCGGCAUUCUUAAAUUAAAAAAUUAUUUAUAAUGGAAA